CGCUAAUUCGCUACGAAAAGGGCCUGGCAUCAGAUCUCACCAUGGCCUCCACGAUGAAGAUGUUCUCGGGACCUCAAUUGGCCCUUUUCCGGCCUACCUGUUUAUCCACAACUUUUACGGCCUCUCCGCUAUCACGAUGCUUCUCUACGACCUCCCCGGCUCUUGACUGGCUUACUCCGAAAUUCAUGGAAACGUCGAAGUCCCCCAAGGGUCGCCCCCAUGUUGCGACUGGCGGUUCCUCUCGUGGUACAACUGUCGUCUGGGGCGACUACGGCUUGCGUAUGAAGGACCAUGACCGCCGACUGCCGGCUUCGUCACUCAAGAUCGCAGAAGAGACCAUUAAGAGACGUUUAAGAGGAAUGAACUAUACGCUCUACAAGCGUGUGAGCGCCAACAUUGGUGUGUACACGAAGGGUAACGAACAGCGUAUGGGUAAGGGUAAGGGAAAGUUCGACUACUGGACGGCGAAAGUCGGUGUCAGCAGAAUCGUGUUUGAACUGAAGGGCGAUAUUCACGAGAAGGUCGCAAGGGAGGCUUUCAGAUUGGCUGGCCACAAGUUGCCCGGCCUCUGGGAGUUCUGUAAGAAGGGCGACCCCCCUGUUGUCGGCUUGACGAAGCUCGGCAACGGCGUGACUCUGGAGAGUCUGAAGCGCCCCCGCCGGAGUCCAGCCCUGGGCACGGCAAACAUGUCUACGCCACCCAGUUCGACCUCGUCCAGCCCCUCUGCUUCUCAAUAAAUGAAUCGCAUGAAUUCCAUUUGACCGUAAUAGUACAAUAUCUGCGCGCGGCAAAUCCUAAGCUCCAACGCCGGAACCAGGUCCAUAUCCCUGCUGUCUCCUACUCCUCGCUGCUUCUGCAUCGCCAUCUUGGGUUUCGGGCUUGAGGUCUUGUGUAUAUUAUCAUCAGCUUUUGGUUCUUUCUUGAAUGUUUUAUUCCCACAUAUGUCGAUGUCUUAUACACGGAGUUAGAUUGAAGGAAACCAAAAAUCAACUGUACCUUUAUCCACUUCUCCCAUGACACCGCUUUGUCCUGAAAAUCUCCUUGCCCAUUCGGCAUCCUCAUCUUCCACCUUUGAACUGGUAUCCGGGUCCAAGAGACGCAUCAUUUCACUCCUCGUAUGUGGCAUAUUUCCACCUAAUUGCCCAGUUUGCUUCGGCGGUGUCUCCGUGAACUCUCGAAUAGAUUCAUACUGAGUACUCUCACCACCCGGUUCAGUAUCCAUCAGCCUAGUAUCCGACAUAAUCUCCAAGGCCUGGUGUAAUAUACAAUAAAAGAACUUCAAAGUGAAUUCCUGUUACAAAUGUACGUUUAAAA